GGCCACGGCUCAGUGCACCGUGCAAAAGAUCGAGGCGAGAGUAAACUGUAACAACAGCAUCACAUGGCGUCGUUGACGGUCGUGUCCCUGCUUGUAGCGUCGGCGGCGAUGAUGACGAUGAUGAUGAGCGGUGGCGGCGGCGGCGGCGUGCAGGCGCAGCCGAUUGUGCCGGCGGUCAUCUCGUUCGGCGACUCCACCAUCGACGUCGGCAACAACAACUACCUCCCCGGCGCCGUGUUCAAGGCCGACUACGCGCCGUACGGGCAGGACUUCGUGAGCCACGAGGCCACCGGCCGCUUCUCCGACGGCAAGAUCGUCACCGACAUCACCGCUGAAACGCUCGGCUUCGAGAGCUACGCGCCGCCGUACCUCAGCCCGCAGGCGUCCGGGAAGAACCUGCUCAUCGGCGCCAACUUCGCCUCCGCGGCGUCCAGCUACUACGACGACACGGCGGCCAUGUAUGACGCGAUCACGCUGACCCAGCAGCUCAAGUACUACAAGGAGUACCAGUCGAAGCUGGGCGCGGUGGCCGGGCGCGCCAAGGCUGGCGCCAUCCUCGCCGACGCGCUCUACGUCGUCAGCACGGGCACCGGCGACUUCCUCCAGAACUACUACCACAACGCCUCCCUGUCCCGCCGCUACAACGUCCACCAGUACUGCGACCUCCUCGCCGGCAUCUUCUCCGGCUUCGCCAACGAGCUGUACAGGCUGGGAGCGCGGCGGAUCGGCGUCACGUCCAUGCCGCCGCUGGGCUGCCUGCCGGCGUCCAUCAGGCUGUACGGCGAGGGCAAGGACGCGUGCGUGCCGAGGCUCAACCGCGACGCCGAGACCUUCAACCAGAAGCUGAACGCCACCGUCAGGGCGCUCAAGCGGCGGCACGCCGACCUCAAGGUCGCCAUCUUCGACAUCUACACGCCCCUCCGCCAGCUCGCCCAAGACCCGGCGGCUUAUGGCUUCGGGAACGCGAGGGGUACGUGCUGCCAGACGGGGACGGCCAAGACGAGGGUGUACCUCUGCAACCCGACGACGGCCGGAACGUGCCGGAACGCCAGCAGCUACGUGUUCUUCGACGGCGUCCACCCGUCGGAGGCUGCCAACGUCUUCAUGGCGGAGUCCAUGGUCGACGCGGGCAUCGAGCUGGUCACCUAGGAACCAUGGCGUCGAUCGAUAACACAGCUGCAGAUGCCGCAGCGAUAGACGGUGGACCAUAGACGUGUGUGUCUCUGCUCAUCUGUUUCCUGCUCCAUCGAACAAAACUACAGUGUCUGGAAUUAAUUACUAAUAGCCUGUGAAAUUGCACCGUCGGCCGGCCCUGUCGUUUUCGUAAUGUUGUUAAUUAAUCAUAAUAUGCGUGACAGUUUCCUGUUCCAUCCAAGAAAACAACAGUGCCUUGAAUAGCCUGUGAAACUGCACCGUCGCCCUACCAUUUUUGUAAAUAUUGUUAACCAUAUACUCUCUGUUUUCCUAUAUAUACAUCAGACGUUUCUAAACAA